UCCAUCUCUGAAUGCACCGUGUCAGCCUGCGCAUAUUUUUAUGUUUGCAGAGCUGCAUGCAUGCAUGAGUGUGUGUGCGUGUGUGCAGGAUGCUAAAACCUGGAGCUGUGAAGGAGGGGGAGGGGCACGGAUUGAGACGCUGACAAAUUAAACGAAAAAAGAAAGAAAGAGGGGAUACACAGAAGAGAAAAAGAAGGGAGGAGGAGGACAGUGAGGAGAGGACAGAUGCUGAGGAGAGAGUGAUAGUGAAAGGCACGCUGAGGAGAGAUAGACGGAGAGAGUGAGAAGGAGGAGGAGGAGGAGACGAUCUGCUGGAGGAAGCAGCAGCAUCGUUGAUUUUCACAGGAACCAAGGCGGCUAUCCUCUGUUGCCGUGACGAUGGGCUGCUGGCUCUCUGGACCGUGGAUGGGAGACCAAAUGGUGAGUGGGCGAAGUCUUGCAAACCUGAGCCAGCGGGAUGCUUUGCGGAUCCUAGCGGCCAGUCAGCGUCCAAUCACCAUGCAGAUCAAGGGUCAGAGGGGGUGUGGCACUGAAGCAGACAGGGGAAUGUGGGAGCCCCUUCCCCUCAACCUGCAGCACCUCAACCUGCCCCUCCCACUGAUGGGGGCAGGGCUCAAUGCCUCCAGCCCCUCCUACCAGGACAGACAUUACUACAGCCAUCUGUCUCUGCCACAAGAUCACUGUGAAGGAGGACGGUACAGCUACCUGUCCAGCUCCCCACGGGACACUGUGGACAUCGGUCACCAGGAUCCAGAACUGAGUGGUCGCGGACCAAAGGGACAGAACUGCCUGAUGGGAUGCUGCAAUGCAAAUUUAGACGAACCCAAUGGCUGCCACAGUCAGACGGAUGACGAGGACUUCAUGCUGGAGAAGCCAAUGGGCUUCAUGCCCCUCCAUCAUGAGCUGGACAGCGGUCUGGGCUGGACUGACGGCUCCAUCCAUCAGGGGGACCUCUCUGGGCUAGAGACCGAGGAAGGAGGCCUGGAAGACUGUCAUUCUCAUGGGGCCCUCGCCCCAGGGGGUUGUGGGGGCUUUGGUGGCGGUGGCUCUCCUUCCUCUGAGUCCUUUAUUUCUUCAGAGCUCAGCGACUCUGGUUUUUACAGCGUAAGCACUGGGGAGUUUAGGCACUUUCAGAGGCUGCUGGAGAAGCGAAUGCGGCUGUACAAUGCCAGAAUGCAACAUCAGGGUGAACCCUGCGAGAGGCGGGAGCGGCGUGACAGCUGCCCUAAGAGCCACCGUGAGCUCCUGGAGGCCAUCCCUGAGGCCCUGACCAUGCAGCCUCAGUGUCCACGCCUGCAGCUCGAGUUGGAGGAGGGCACUGGGCCCAUCAUGGAUCUCCCACCCCGUGGCCUUUUCAGGGUCUCAUCGGUCCAGUUCCAUAAAGCUGACCGGCCCUGUCUCAACCGUCACAGCUCCAGCAGUGGAGCCCUCUUCAACCCCUCCCACGCCCAUGCUGCAGUUUCUCGAAUGAACGCCCCGGUCCUCUCCACUUGCAGCACCCCCUCCAGCCACCGGAGACCACUAGUACCCAUGCAGCAGCACCACCAGGGCUCGAGUUCGGUGGGGAUGCUGAGGAGAAGCCGAACGCUCCAUCAUCGCCCUCCUCCCCAGGAGUACCGCCGUCGAGCGAGCCACCCAGCUUCCCCCUCCUACUGCGCAGCAACCCUGCACCACUGUGGAGGUGUCCCACCACACAACAUCCUGCCACAGGGCCUGCCAGAGGAAGGUGAGCUAGUGGCUGGUGUGAUGGCUUCUCACCCAGCAGGCCUGUCCCUCUCACCACAACAACACCCCGCCGCUCUGGGGCAUAUCAGGGGUUCCAGCAGCCAUGAACGAUGCUGCGACAACAACCCCAAUGCCCAGAUCGCUCACCACGACUGGUGGCAUUCACAGGAAAGAAGCUUGAUGCCUGAGAAACUGGUGACAGAAAGGGACAGAGAGAUUGAGAGGGAACUAGAGCAAGAAAGACAAAUGCAAGAGAAAGAGCUGGAGAGGGAAAGGGAGCGGGAAAGGGAGGCACAGAUUCAAGAGGAGAUGGACAGAGAGAGGCAGCAGGAGUUGGGGAGGAGCCGAGCCAGAGAACAACAGCAGCUUCAGAUUUCAGUCCAUCCUCCUCAGGCUGGAGACGUCAAUGACACCUGGCCGAAACCAGCCACCCGUCAGUCCCAGAGUGGCGUGGGAGGCAGAGGUCUCUAUAGCACCCUGGAGGGCCACACAGGAGCUGGCUCUGCUGCUGGAUGGGAUGCAAAGAAAGGACAUAUGAAUGUGAGUUCAAGCCCUAAUCCCAGUUCUGGUUUUCAGACAAGAUCUAAUCCAAGCUCCAAACCCAACGCAACCUCACGGAUCUCAAGGAACCAGCUCCUGAGAGACCGGGCGUCUCAGCUGGCGGAUGAACGAAGUGGAAUGAGCACGGAUGAAGAGACCAAUACUGACAUGCUGAUGGGUCGGUACUGGAGUCGAAUGGAGAGAAGGGAACACUUCCUGUUGGCCCGUGAGCAGAAGCAGCAGCAGCUGCAGGCAAGAGGAGGGAAUAUGCGGGACGCCAUCGCCAGGGGAGGAUCCAUCGCUGGAGGAGGAGGAGCCUCUGUUGGAGAUGGAGGUGUGGUGGACAGCAGAGGAGGCGGGGCUUUUCCAGAGGGGCGGUGCAACACGGUCCUGGAGCUAAGUCAGAGGAAGCUGAGUCGUCUGAGGAACAGGAAGUUGUUGGAUGACUGGACGACAGUAGAGGAGCUGCUGACUCAUGGGACCAGGCUGGAUAACCAGGAGGACAUAAUGUGUACCAGCUCUCUGCUGACGGUCACCACCGUCUAACUGCAUGGGCACCACGUCUAACUGUAACUCUGUGUGCGUGUGUGUGUGUGAGUGUGCGUGAUGUUGAGCUAACAGUACAACAUUUCACUGAAUCCUCUUGUUCAUUUUUUUCCAGAAUCAGAUGAUGGGUAUUCGUUUCAUCUUUGUGUGUCCCAUACACAGAGAGGUCCAGGAUGUCUUUAGCCUAGCUAAGCACAAAAACUGGAGGCAGGGGAAAGCUGUUAGCCUAGCUUAAUUUAACGAGGAACAAAAAUUCACCUUCAAACAACCCCACAGCUGUCUGAUCUAAACAAACAGCUGGAUUAUGCAUCUGUGUAGCUGCAUGGGUCUGAAUGAUGUCAUUUUUAUCUGCUCACGUACAUGCAGACCCUCUGUGGACGUUUUGUAUUCCACCCCAAAAUAUCUUACUGUGCAGACUCUAUGAAUCCACAGUGCAGUGCAUUUUGCCAUCCACCCUGCUCUCUCUGUCCUCUUCGAAGUACCGUACUAAGGGCCCUAUGACUUCUGCAGCACCGAAAACAGAGAUGGAACUGCAGAGAUAAGUUUGUCCAGAGUCAGCCUCUAAUGUUUCUGUAUCAAGCUAGCCAACGUAGCAUUUGAGUGGUCAAGCCGGUAGCUGCCAUUAAAGUUGUAGUGCACCUGGAGUGUACCCGUAUUCUACUCUGUAAAUAUAUUGAAACAGCCCAGGAUACAGAAAUGACUAUGCCGGCUUUUCAAAAUAAGGAGUUAAUACAGUGUAAAUGCAUGUAUGGAAAUAAGAUUAAUUGGAUUAUAUUCACAGGAAGUAUAAACAUGUUACCUGUGUCCCUUAUGAAUAAGGAAAUCCCACUAAAUUGUGAGGGAAAUUAUUAAAUUAUUGAAAAUAGUACAAAAAAGAAUGCAUUGGUGGUUUACCUCAAAUUCAUUGAUAAUUAAUAAACUGAUUUUUUUCUUAUCUAAUUAUUGAAAUUAUAUUCAUCCACAACAUAAUCAGACACUCUUUCUGAUGACAAAAUGUGCUUAAACUAUAAAACACAGAAUUCAGAAAAAUUAAAACCACAUCUGAAAAAAUAAAAACACAUUUCAUAGGGCCCGACGUACUUGAAGCGCAAAGAUGAAACUGGUAUCCAUCCUCUCAUAUGACUAAAACAGAACAAGAGGAUUUAUGGAAAUGCUGCUGUUCCUUUAAUGAAUGUGCGCGCGAGAGGGAACCUCACUGUCAUCGCUGUACAUCACCUCAACUGAUAGCUUUAUGUGUGGGUGUGUCACCACUGUACAGCACUCUGGACAAAAUGUGUGUGUCAGUGCAUGACGCUUGUAAAGACAAACAACUGAACAAGGUCAGAUGAGCGUGUGUGUCUGCGUCAUGUCUUAUGCUACAUCUUAUGCUACAUUUAUUUCACAGAAUCUUUGACAAAAUUUACAAAACUUUUGGGUUCAGACUCAAAUCCUCAAACAGACCAUGAGAUUUCGGGGAGCAAUACUGUUCUGCGUGAUGUACCUGGCUGUGCACUAAUGAUAGAUCACAUACAACUACUUUAACAUCAGGGCCACAGAACACAUCAACUGUAGCAAUGCAGACAAAGACAACUGAGAUUUGAUACCAAAUCCUGAAUGGUUUUUAUAGAAACUCUGUUUACAAUUAAAAUACCAAUCGGUGGGAGCUUUUGUAACUAAAAUGAAAAAAAGCGACCUGAUUUCCUUGGUUGUGAAACACUAGUGAAACCGUGUUGAUCAGGGAUGGGGAACAAUGUGCCAUGGAGGUUCUCAGAGGAUUUCAGCAGCAGGUUGAUGCUCUUACCACCACAGAAACCCCACCAAUUAAAACAAUAUAUGUACUUUUUAGGACAUGAGUACCAUGAUUAUGAAAGUGAGGCGCACUCACUCCACUGUACACAGCACACUGACUAAAAAACAAAAUUGCUCUGACUUUGAGUGAGCAGCUCUAGUAUCCAUCUCGUGAUUCGGAGGCGCUCUGUAAUUUAAUGUGUCCUUCCUUGGACCAUGCUCCACCCUUCCAUCAAGUUUCAUGAAAAUGAGGGCAGCAGUUUUUCUGUUAUCCCUCUGACAAACAGACAAAUGCACAGAUGAACGCACAAAUGACAUCAAAACCAUGACCUCCUCAGCGGAGGUAGAGGAAGUCUCUGAAAGGGAAGCACUAUAACGUGUGAAGUUUAAAUAACUAAAAAAGAGUGUUUUUUAGCCCCAUUGUUACUGUUCUGCUGACCUGCGUGAAUGCAGCAUAAGAUUUUGGGCUCUUCAUGGCACAUGGUUCCCUGUUCCUGCUGGUGUCUUUACUGUUGGCAGGAUGUUUACAGAUCUACCUACCCAGGUAACGUUUACUGAAAUCUACAGACAUGCGUUGACUGUGCGGAAAAAAAUUCCACGGAAGAUACACCUCAAGUCAACUUAGGUUGUCUAGACUGCUGCAGUGUUUGUACAGUCAGGACAGACAGAGCUCAAGUCAGCGUUGACAUUCCACUAAAAACAGGUACAGUGGGAGUGAAUCUGAAAUCUGCUGAUUCCAGGUCUGCAGUUCGGGAAAAUGUGCAAUAAUACCUCAAGCUAGUUUUAAUAUGAAAAUGAUGGUGUUGUGUGCGCUACCUGUCAGGAGUUCAUCGAAUGCAGUAACUCGUUUUAAAUCAAACAGAUGCACAAAUGUGACGAGUCGCCAUGAGUGCACAGUAAUCCUAGAAUCUGAAAUGGCAAGAGCAAAGGUUGUGUAGAUAUUUACAUUAUUUCUUUACAUUGUUUUCAUUGAGAGGGACCUAAGAAAACAACUUUUUGCACAUCGUUUUUUAUACUAAAAGUUUCCCUACCUUUCUGUACCAGGGACUGAGGCCAGUGGAAAGACUGUAGAUAGAACGACAGUAUGUGUUGAUGUUUUCUUUAUAAACUAUCAUAGUGAUUUAUGGAGGAAAAAAAUAAGUUUAUUGUCAUUGUGUUGGACAUAUUUCAAUAUUUUUCUUGUGAUGGUUACAAAACCAAUGUGAACAGUUUUUAUGAUCUUUAAAAUCUACUUAAUUUCCUUAAAAGCUGGUGAAAUUUUUGAUUUACCAUUUUCAAAGAGUGAACACAAAAUGUGAAUAUUAUUGUCGCUUUAAAUGGCUAAAUUGAAUUUUACUGUUGUUUUGUGUCAUUAUGACAUGUACAUAUUGAUUUUGUCAGAAGGUGCAGAUGAGGUCAGAGAUAGUAACAGGUCAUGCUGAUGCCAUCAGACGCCUCCAGUGGUUUAUCAUGUGAUUCUGUAGGUUUAUAGCUGUGUUAUGGAGGCUGUAUAUACAGCACAGAGAUUAACAUUGUAGUAGUAGUUCGUUUAACACUCACAACAUUGUCAAAAUCCAUGAAUUUUGAGUAGGAUCACUGACACUAAUGCUUUAAAGAACACUGCAACAUUUUGGAUAAAUAUUCUUGUUCUGUCUUGUCCAGGGUCGGAUGUUUCAGCUGGUUAUCAGUUUCAUCUCUGUGUGUUUAGUAAAACAAUGGUUCCUGGAUGUGUUUAGCCUAGAUUAGUACAAAUACUGGAAGCAAAAGAAAAACGUCCAACAGCAGAUGUUAGGGUGCAGGAAUAGAAAUACAAGAACUUAUGUUUUUUACAGGAUGUGUUUGGUUUAGUUGGCACAGAGAGACACAGCUAGCCUAUUUCUGCCAGUACUCUGAGCGACAUGCUAACGUCGUGAUUGCGAGCACACUGAUUGACAGACACAGCUGUCAACUAUGAAGUCACAUCUCCUUUUUAUAACAUCAAAUAACUAAUUAAAACCAAAUUUAUCAGAAAAAUGAACACACAUCAGCGUGAUCAGAUCUACCUAA